AUGGAUUCGGCAGUUGAGUUUAUGGAAAACAACUGGCAGCGCUUUCUGAAGAAAAAGAAGAAAAAGCCAGAAAGUGAAGAAGUGCCAGCGCCGUCUGCGAAAACGAGGAAGAAUUCGGAAAGUUCCGUUGACGAAAAUAAUAAUAAUUACGACGAACCAGCAGAUUCCGACGAAGAUGCCCCGAAACAGACCAACACCGGCGCGUUAACAUGGGGUCAAAAGAUCUUCCGGACAAAGUACACGUGCCCUGGGACGAAUCGAACGAACGAAUUCAUUUUCCGAACAUGGCUCAACGAAGUCAUCAAAUACAUUUGCUUCCUGACUUUGUUGACUAUCUGCACAUUUUCGUACACAAAUUCCGACAGUUUUUAUUUGACAAAUGCGAUGAAGACACUGUACGUCGAAGACACAGGAUUUCACGACGUAACGACUGAGAAAGAAAUUUGGGACUGGCUCGAAGGGCCCUUUCUCAAAGCAGUUUACGAGAACCAGCUCCUUUAUAACGAUAUGAGCACGCCGCCGCGGAUCAGAAUGCAGCGAGUGAACGCGAAAGACUGCGACAUGCCUGGCUUUGUCGACGAAGGCGAAUUAUGCUACGACGAGUAUCACAAAGCGCGUGAAAACAAAGACGACCUGAUUGUCGGAUCGGAUUUGCCGCAGCCAGCAAGAUAUACGGAAAUUCCAGGCGCGAUCGCUGGUUUUGAUUACUGGGGACAAGCGCUGCCCUAUUUGAGAAUGUACUGGGCGGGAGGAUACCUCUUGCAUCUCCCUGUUCCAAGCGACGAAGUUUUUGAAGUGCCAGCCAAAGCGAUCGAGGACAUUCGAUAUUUGAAGGAUGAGCUACAAUGGCUCUCACGUGGCGCUAGAAUUCUCCUAAUCGAUUGCCAGCUUUACAACAAGAAUGUGAAUCUAUACACAAUCAUUAGGAUGUCUUUCGAACUACCAGCUUCCGGCGGCGUCAUCACCCUCGACAAAUUCAGCACGAUCCAUAUCUACAGCUCUACCAGCACUCUCGACAUUACCACUGUCGUUUGCGAGAUUCUGUGGCUAAUCUUGAUCGGCUACUACUUUGGCGAAAAAGUGUAUGAAAUGAAAAUUCUUGGAUUUGGAGGCUUCUUCAAGCAUCUUGCUCUUCGAACGCAAUUCUUCAAUUUGGUCUUUUCUAUCGGAGUCGUCAUCUUCAAAUUGGUCAAGUAUGCGAUCAUCGACACGGAUGAAAUUAGCAGCUGCGAUCCUCAAACAGAAAAUGAUUGCUACUUGGCGAACUUUGUCUUCUGGCAGAAUCAGUUCAACUAUUUCCUCGCCAUCGUCACUUUCCUUUCCUGGAUCGAGCUGAACAAGUUCUUCACCGACUUCGAGAGCACGGCUGUUUUCACAAAAACUCUUCGACGUUGCAGCACUGACUUGACCGCCUUCAUCAUCGUUUUCUUGAUGGUUUUCUUGGCCUACGCCGAGCUCGGAGUGCUCAUUUUCGGCGGCGAAUUGGACGAUUUUAAAAACAUGUUCCACGCGACUUACACACUCUUUCGUAUCAUUCUUGGCGACUUUGAUUUCCAUGCUAUGGAAAGCUCGAAUCGCAUUUUGGGACCCACUUACUUCAUUUGUUAUGUCUUCGUGGUCUUCUUCAUUUUGGUGAAUAUGUUCAUUGCGAUCAUAUCCGACACUUACUCGGAAGUUCGCGCGGAAUUAUCUGUCCCUGGGGAGCAUCACUAUCCGGUUUCCGAGCAAAUCGCGGUUCUUAAAGAGCGUUUCUGGGGUAAACUUGGCUGGACUUCAAAUUCCGACGACGAUGAUUCCGACGAUGAAAACCAAAUCGACUGGCAUAGCUUCAGAAAAGAAAUGGAAAAGUCAGGCUUGGAAGAGGACGAGAUUCAGUCUUACUUUCAAAAGUAUGAUGAGAAUGGAAAUCUCUUGCUCGACAGGAAGGAGUUCGCUAAGCUGGAGGAAUCGUUGACCAAAUUGAAAACUCAAAAGGAUCUAGACACAGUCUCUCAAAAAUCAGCGGCAGCUCCGAGUGUAGCUGCUGGAGACGUCUUUGGCCAAGCGCGAGAGACGUUUGUUGAUAACGAGAACUUCGAUCUUCUUCGAAACCGAGUUGCCAAAAUGGAAUCUGCCUUUGCCGAUUUGACAUUGAAAGUCGACGGAAUCAUCGUAAAAUUGGAUCAACUUGGGCAGCGACAGAAGCAGGCCCGAAUUCCUCACAUGGAAAACGCAUCAAAAACAAAAUAA